UUCAUAAAAGUUGUUCUAAUUUAUUUUUAAUAAAUUUAUGGAUCUUUUUCUUCACUCAUUAAAAUAGUAAAAUAUAGGCCUCUUUCUCCACUCACUUACUUAAUUAACUUUUUUCACUUUUGAUCACCGUUUCUCAACUUAAUAAAUGAAACAUUAUGAUCGGGUUACUCUAUCCCAGAUUCUUUGUGGUGGGAUAGAGUAUCGUCAGAUUGUAUUAACCUUAAAUGCUUUCUUUUAUUUUUCACUUUUUUUUUAGAUCACUUUAUAUAUUCGUCUGCUUUUAACAAAUAGUUACGAAACGAAGAUGGCAGAAUCAAAAGGCACCAUCACAGCCGACGCGAAACUGGAGAUGUGGAGGUACGCCUUGGGCUUCACUCCGACCGCCGUAGUCAGAUGCACCAUCGAGCUCCAAAUCGCCGACGUCAUGGACUCCCACGGCGGCACCAUGACGCACGGCGACCUCUCCGCCGCCGUGGGUUACUCGCCAACAAUCCUCCGCCGCAUUAUGCGAUACCUGGUCCACCAGCGUUUCUUCAAGCAGACGGUCACCUCGUCAAAGGUCUCGUACGCGCAGACGCCGCUCUCGCGGCUGCUGAUGCGAAACGGAGAUGAGAGCAUGGCCGCAUUUAUCUUGCUGGAGAGCUCGCCGACCGCGCUAGCGCCGUGGAACAGGCUGAGCUCUCGAGCUCGAGAGAGCGGCGGGUCGACCUUCGAGGAAGAGCACGGCAGCGAUAUCUGGAGCUACACCGAUGUUAAUCCCGCGCACAGCAAGCUGUUUGAUGAUGCGAUGAGCUGCGUGGCCAAGGUGUCCGCCGCAGCCAUCGUGAAUCAGUAUCCGAAGGCCUUGGAGGGAAUCGAGUCCUUGGUGGAUGUCGGGGGCGGCGACGGCACCGCCCUCCGGAUUCUGCUCAAGGCCUUUCCUAGGAUCCAUGGGAUCAACUUUGAUCGUCCCAGUGUGGUUAGUGUUGCAGCGCCGCCGUCUCAGGGCAUUCAGCAUGUAGCCGGCAGCAUGUUUGAGGCUGUUCCUAACGCCGAUGCUGCUUUUCUCAUGUCGGUGUUGCACGACUGGAAUGACGAGGAGUGCAUACAAAUAUUGAAAAAGUGUAAGGAAGCAAUUAAGGAGAAAGUGAUAAUCGUGGAAGCAGUGAUUCGCGAAGAGGAAGAGGACAAAUACAGCGAGGCCCGGUUACGGUUGGACAUGCUCAUGUUGGCUUACACCACCGGAAAAGAGAGGACUUUCGAGGAGUGGAAAAAUAUAAUCAAAUCAGCUGGUUUCACUAGCUUUGCAGUCAAACAUAUAGAGGCCAUUCCAUCAAUUAUUGAGGCCUAUCCAUGACUUCAUUCAAUCUUUAUAUUUGAAAUAAGAGAUAAUAUCUCGCAUAUGGCAAAAGAAAAUUAUAGCUACAUAUAUAGAUAAAAAUAUAAAAAUAAUUGUUAUUUUGAA